AUGAACGCCGUGGAUGCGACAGAGCACUACGAAACAAGUGCCAACGACCGCGCCCCCUCCCUCCUUACCAUCGUCCUCGACACAAACCCACACGCCUGGGCCCUCCUCGAGCCCUCCCUCCCGCUUUCCACCGCAAUCGCCAACAUCCUCGUCUUCAUCAACGCCCACCUCGCCUGCAACUACGCCAACGAGGUCGCCGUUGUCGCCUCGCACACGCACAAGGCUACCUGGCUGUACCCCUGCGAGACUCAACACCCGCGCACCACCACCGCAUCCGCACCCGCAUCCGCAGACAAUGACGGCGACGUCGCCAUGGACGACAGCUCCGGCUCCUCUGGCGCAGCCGACGCCCACGUGAACAAGUACCGCCCCUUCCGCAUCGUCGAGGAGCAAGUCUCGCGCAACCUGCGGCGCCUCCUGGGCGCGACGACGGCCACAGACGUGCAGGCGUCCACGACGACCAUGAUGGCGGGCGCGCUGACCCUCGCGCUGAGCCACAUCAACCGGCGCUCGCUUGCGUGGGCGGAGGCGCACGGCGGUGCCGCGGCGACGGGAUCGGCAGGCGCGGCAGAGGGAGCACCGGGCGGUGGUGGGCGGGCGGACGGCGAGGGCGGCGGCGCGGAGGGCCUGCAGUCGCGGAUCCUGAUUAUCUCCGUGAGCAGCUCGACGGACUCGGCGCACCAGUACAUCCCGAUCAUGAACGCCAUCUUUGCUUGUCAGCGGCUUCAUGUCCCCAUCGACGUGUGCAAGCUGAGCGGGGAUGCGGUCUUCCUGCAGCAGGCGUCCGAUGCCACCAAGGGUGUCUACAUGUCGCUUGCGGAGCCUCGUGGUCUGCUGCAGUACCUGAUGAUGGCGUUCCUGCCUGACCAGCGGUCUCGGAGGCAUCUGGUGUUGCCAACGCGGGUGGAUGUGGACUUCCGCGCCGCCUGCUUCUGUCAUCGCCGCGUCGUGGAUAUUGGCUUUGUCUGUUCCAUCUGCUUGAGCAUCUUCUGCGAGCCUCCCGAGAACGGGGGCUGUCUCACGUGUGGUACCCACCUCGAAACGGGCGAUUACGGCGCCAGGCCAGCGGUUGUCGCCCGCAAGAAAAAGAAGAAGAAGAUCCGGGCCAAUGGCGCAUCAGGAACGGCGACUCCGACGUCUACACCUACACCUGGCCCUUGA